CUUUGCAACAUGGAAAAGGAGUUAUUAGUGUCCCACCUUCGCUCUUGACUCUCUGUUUACUUUCGUUUACUUGCCCUCCCUGCUUGCUCUCUCUCUGACUUUGUUUAAUCUCUCUGUAACUGAAAAGCCGGCUGUGGCUUUGUGAUCGCCCGUCGACCGUACCGAAAAUGGCAACGCCAAGAGAGCACAUUGAAGAAAUACGCAAGAAAAAGUUCUCCAUCGGUGAAGAAAAACUCAACCCUUUAACUGAAGAUCUUCAUCAGGCGGUUAAAAAUCUUUCUCUUGAACUCUAUACCAAAUCUGUCCACUUUGUCAUGGAACUCAUUCAGAAUGCAGAAGACAAUGAGUACGCAGACGGCGUUGAUCCGUCACUUGAAUUUGUCGUAACGUCCAGGGAUAUAACCGGCACAGGGGCUCCUGCCACAUUGCUGAUUUUCAACAAUGAGAAGGGAUUUUCACGUAAGAACAUAGAAUCCAUUUGCAGCAUUGGACGGUCCACCAAGAAAGGCAACCGGAAGCGCGGCUACAUUGGAGAGAAAGGAAUUGGCUUCAAGAGUGUGUUUCUGAUCACAGAUCGGCCUUACAUCUUUAGUAAUGGCUAUCAGAUAAGGUUCAGUAAAGAGCCUUGUCUGCAUUGCAAUCUCGGGUACAUUGUUCCUGAAUGGGUUGAGGAAAACCCUACUCUAUGUGACAUAAAACAGAUAUAUGGUUAUGGUUCUGCCCUUCCAACCACAACGCUGAUCUUACCUCUAAAGCCUGACGAGGUCCAUCCUGUGAAGCAGCAGCUCUCAAGAAUGCAUCCGGAAGUUCUCUUGUUUCUUUCAAAGAUUAAGCGGCUCUCGGUUAGGGAACAUAAUGAGGAUCCAAGGCUCAACACUGUGAGCGCGAUAUCAAUAUCAAGUGAGAUUGAUCUUGUGGCGCAGAAGAACAUUGAUGCUCAGUCCUACACACUCCACCUCUCUGCAGAAGAAAAUGGUGAUGACGACAAAAACUGUAUCUAUUAUAUGUGGAAGCAGAAGUUUCCUGUCAGGCAAGAGUUCAGAGAGGAGAGGAGAAUGGAGGUCGAUGAGUGGGUGAUCACGCUAGCAUUUCCAUAUGGGGAGCGCCUUCAUAGAGGAACAAGCUCACCCGGGGUCUAUGCAUUCCUUCCAACUCAGAUGUUUACAAAUUUGCCUUUCAUAAUUCAGGCAGAUUUUCUGUUACAAUCAUCAAGAGAAGGUAUUGUCUUGGACAGCAAGUGGAAUCGAGGAAUUCUUAGUUGUGUGCCUGUUGCAUUCCUCAAAGCAUUUACCUCGCUCGUGAAAACUAUAGGAGACGCACCAGAUUCUAGUUUGCCUCCUUACUUUAGGUUCUUACCUGUCCAGAACACCCCCUAUGAUGAAUUGAAUGUUGUGAGGGAGUCAAUCAAAGCACUGCUUAUUGAGGAAGACAUUGUACCAACCAAGUCACACAAGCAGAGGUUCUUCCAUAAACCUCGCGAAGUGGGUAGGUUGUUGCCUGCUUUCUGGAAUAUUUUGAGAAAGGCGAGCGAUGAAAGGGUUAGCUUGGGGAACAUCUCUUCCCAUGGAAGAUAUGUUUUGUGUGAUUCAUUUGACAAAGAGGAGUAUGAUCACAUUCUGAAUUUCCUUGGAGUUGAACCAGUUCACGAUGAGUGGUAUGCUAAAUGCAUUCAGAGUUCCGAUAUUGUUGCCGGAGUGUCUGAAGAUGUCUAUUUGGAGCUUCUAUUGUUUGUUUCCGAUAACUGGAGGCGGACAUUCCACUGUACCAACAUCAAGAACAUUCCACUGAUAAAAUAUGUGGAUUUUGACGGGAGUGUAGCAUUCUGCAGCUUAAGUGCAAUGCGGAUUGGUGAAAAGAAGAUUUGCCUAUCCCGUCUUUCUUGUCAUGUCUCAUGGUUGAUUGAUUGGAACAAGGAAUUUAUAUCCACAGCAAAACUUCUUUUUAUGCCAGAAAUAACCCAGGAAGCUCUCCAGUCAUGUUCUAAGCAGGAGGAGUUGCUGAAAUGGUUCGCAGAAGAAAUGAAGGUUGCUGCUGUAAGUGUUUACGAGUAUGCAGUUUGCCUCGAUCAUUCUCUUGGCAAUGAGCGGAAACCUGUCGUUGCAUAUGCCCACUUUUUGUAUCAUUCAUUGUGCAAUAAGUAUAUCCCUGCUUACGAAGUUGAUGAUUUAUGUAGUAAAAUGCCACUUGUGAAUAACUACGGCUACGUUAAUAGACAAAGGAGAGGGCUUAUUGUCCCUGCCUAUGAAAGCAAAUGGGCUGAUUUGACUGAUUCAAAUCUGUGGAUGGAAGAAGGCUACGUCGAGUUAGGAGAAGAUUACAUAAAACCAGGUCACUUUGCAGGUAAAGUUACAAAAGAGAAGCGGCUCCUUGAGUUCCUCAAAGAUCAUGCCGCAGCUUCGGAUGUCCCCUCUAUUUCUGCUCCCAAUGCAUGUAUUCCAACUGUGUCUUCAACUCUGACGAAGCAAAAUGCAUUCUUGCUUUUGGACUGGAUUCGUCACCUGAAACAUGAGAGGGUUCACAUUCCAGAGAAGUUUUUGAAAAGCAUAGCGAAUGGUUACUGGCUGAAAGUUUAUUUGAAUGGAUAUUCGGGUGCCAUUAGGCCACCUUCGCAGUCAUUCAUACUCACAUCAUCAUGUGGAAACAUUCUGCAGAGUGGAUCUAAUUUUGUUGAUAUCCCAUUGGUUGACAUGAGUUAUUAUGGGGAGAAAAUUAAUGAUUACAAGGAGGAGCUAAAAGCAGUUGGAGUCAUGUUUGAGUACGCAGAAGCAUGCAAGUUUAUUGGGGACCGUCUUAUGUCUCUCGCAGAUUCAUCCACUUUAACUAUAGACAGUGUACUUUCAAUCCUGAAAUUUAUCAAGUUUUUGAGGGACAACUAUUUUUCAGCAGAAGAAUUCGUAUCCAGUAUUAAAAGGGGGAGUUGGCUUAAAACGUCCCAUGGCUACAGGUCUCCAGUUGGAUCUGUCUUGUUCAACCAAGGGUGGCAAAUUGCAUCCAAAAUUAGUGACAUUCCAUUCAUUGAUCAGGAGCUUUACGGUGAAGAAAUUCUUCAUUUCAGAGAAGAACUCGAGUUGCUUGGUGUGGUUGUUUCCUUCCGCACAAAUUACCAACUCAUGAUCGACCACCUAAAGCCACCGUCAUGCUUAGCUUCUCUAACAUCGGAUGCUAUUCUACUAUUGCUGAUAAUUAUGCAGAUCUCAAAUUCAUCUGAUAAGAUUGUCGAAACAUUGAGUAGAACAAGGUGCCUGAAAGCAAACAAUGUUUACAAGUUUCCACAUGAAUGUCUCUUGGUUCAUAAGGAAUGGGGUUGCCUUCUUCAGGUGUUUAGUGGUCUCCCAUUGAUCGAUCACAAUUUCUAUGGAGACAACAUAUUUUCCUACAGAAAUGAGUUGAAGAAAAUAGGGGUGGUUGUUGAUUAUGAGGAGGCUGCAAAAGUAUUUGCUCGUUAUUUCAAGCAUUACGCAUCUUCGACUUCCAUCACCAAGGAAAAUGUUGCAUCAUUUCUGUUGUGUUGUAGAAAGCUGAAGGGAACUCCUUUUAAAUUUCCUGAAGAUCUGAAAAGCUGCAUUCGGGAGGAAAAGUGGCUGCGCACUCGUCGGGGUGAUUAUAGAUCUCCAAGAGAGUGCAUUCUCUUUAGUCCUGAUUGGGAAUACAUCUCUCCAAUAUCUCGUCUCCCUUUUAUCGACGAUUCUGAAAAUUAUUAUGGCAAGAAUAUUCAUGAAUAUAAGAAGGAGCUCAAGAGCAUGGGGGUCGCUGUGGAAUUCAAGGAUGGUGUCAAGUUUGUGCCUCCUAAUGUUUGUCUUACCCAGAAUCCAAGGAGCAUUUCCCCAGAAAAUGUGCUAGCAUUGCUGGAAUGCAUGCAUAUUUUAUUGGAGGUGAAAGAUUACUCCUUUUCAGAUGCAUUUAUAAAGAGAGUUUCUCAACCAUGGUUGAAGACUUAUGCUGGUUAUAGGCCUCCGAGCGAGUGCUUGUUGUUCGACUCUAAAUUUGAUUUGUUUCUGAAAAAGACUGACGGGCCUUUCAUUGACGAAGAAUUUUAUGGUUCUAAAAUUACAACUUACAGAAAAGAGCUCUCUGAAAUAGGGGUGAUCGUUGAAGUGGAACAAGGAUGUCCAUUGAUUGCCAGCCACCUUGAUUUUCAUGAUGAACGUUCUACUUUCGUUCGAGUAUAUGAGUACUUGAAUGUGUUUAUGUGGAAGCCGGAUUGCGAGGCUGACAGAAGGAUCUGGAUUCCGAAUAGAAAUCAGAAUGGAGCGUGGGCUAGUCCUGAUCAAUGCGUAAUCAAUGACAAAGACGGGCUAUUUGGUUUGCAGCUGACUGUCCUGGAGACCUACUUUGAGCAUAACCUGCUAGCGUUCUUUUCGUAUGCUUUUGGGGUAAAAUCUCGUCCUUCUAUUGAGGACUACUGCAAGCUCUGGAAGGUUUGGGAAAGCUCCAAAAUAACAUUGUCGCAUGUGCACUGUUGCAAGUUCUGGGGUUAUAUUGCAAAGAGCUGGAAUUCGAAAACAGAGAAAGUUCUUACUGAGGCCUUGGUGAAACUGCCUGUUAAUUCCAGCUCAGAUGAAAUCUUGUUGCUAAACAAGUCGGAUGUGUUUCUUGCUGAUGACUUGCUACUCAAGGAUCUUUUUGAGCAGUCUUCUCCUCAUCCCUUAUUUGUUUGGUACCCUCAGCCAAGCUUGCCUGCAUUGCCUCGGACUACAUUGCUUGAUAUUUACAAGAAAAUUGGUGUUCGUACUAUUUCCGAAUCUGUACAGAAGGAAGAACUGCCCCUAGAAUAUGGCAUUGAGCAACAACGGGUAAUUCCAAGGGAUGGUUUGAUUGGGAAACCGCUGUUGAAGCUCAUUCUCGGUUUUCUAGCUGAUCCCGCCUUCAAAAUGGAAGCAGAAAGGAGGCAUGAAGCUGUGCAAGGCCUUCUCAGUCUUACUGUUGUGGAGACAACCGAAGCAAUCAAUGUAAGCUAUAACUUACCAUUGUCUUCCGGAGAGGUUUUGAACGUAAGGGCAAGCCGAAUGAUACGGUGGGACAAAGAAAUGUGUGCAUUUUUCACACAGAAAAUGGACAGGUCUGGAGGGCAGAAAAGUGUCAUUGAGUUUGCCACAUAUUUCUCUGAAGUAAUAACCUCUGGUGUCCUGUGGGAGAACACUGAUCAUAUACCUGCACUUUCAGAGAUGAUCAAGUUGGCAUUCGUGAUGGAUUUCGAUGAGGAAGCAGUUGAGUUCUAUAUGAAGUCCAAGAAUUUGGGAAUCUUCGUCGAGGAUGAGGAGUUUCUAAACUCUGCCUUCUGACUAGAUAUGUUAUAAACUUCCCUUUGCUGUUGUUUAAGGUUUAGUUUGUGUCCUUAAUUUAAGCACUGUCUUACUGAUAUAAUGUGUGGUUUCAAUGUAAAUAAUUAGUGUGAUUUUCCGAUAAUCUGUCAAUAUAUAAAUGCUGUGAACUUUAAUCUGUAUUAGUUAAUGUGAUUCUCUUGUGAUUGUGGACGGUUGAUCGUUGAUAGCUUAUUUUGUUAACUUGUCA